CGCUCUUUGCUGAGUGUAUUUGAAGAAGAUGCUGGCACACUCACGGAUUAUACCAACCAGCUGCUCCAGGCAAUGCAGCGUGUCUAUGGAGCCCAGAAUGAGAUGUGCCUCGCCACUCAACAGCUUUCUAAGCAACUGCUGGCAUAUGAAAAACAGAAUUUCGCUCUUGGCAAAGGUGAUGAAGAAGUAAUUUCUACACUCCACUAUUUUUCCAAAGUGGUGGAUGAGCUUAAUGUUCUCCAUACAGAGCUGGCUAAACAGUUGGCAGACACAAUGGUUCUACCUAUUAUACAAUUUCGAGAAAAGGAUCUCACAGAAGUAAGCACUUUAAAGGAUCUCUUUGGACUUGCCAGCAACGAGCAUGACCUCUCAAUGGCAAAAUAUAGCAGGCUUCCUAAAAAAAAGGAAAAUGAAAAGGUGAAGACUGAAAUUGGAAAAGAGGUGGCAGCUGCACGGCGGAAACAGCAUCUUUCAUCCCUUCAGUACUACUGUGCCCUCAACGCGCUGCAGUACAGGAAGCGGAUGGCCAUGAUGGAGCCCAUGAUAGGCUUUGCCCAUGGACAGAUUAACUUUUUCAAGAAAGGAGCAGAGAUGUUUUCCAGAAGGAUGGACAGCUUUUUAUCUUCUGUUGCAGACAUGGUUCAAAGCAUUCAGGUGGAACUGGAAACCGAAGCAGAAAAGAUGCGGGUGUCCCAGCAAGAAUUACUUUCCGUCGAUGAAUCUGUUUACACUCCUGACUCUGAUGUGGCUGCACCACAGAUCAACAGGAACCUCAUCCAGAAGGCUGGUUACCUUAACCUCAGAAACAAAACAGGGCUGGUCACCACCACCUGGGAGAGACUUUACUUCUUCACCCAAGGCGGGAAUCUCAUGUGUCAGCCCAGGGGGGCCGUGGCCGGAGGCUUGAUCCAGGACCUGGACAACUGCUCGGUGAUGGCGGUGGAUUGUGAAGACCGGCGAUACUGCUUCCAGAUCACCACUCCUAAUGGAAAAUCGGGAAUAACCCUCCAGGCAGAGAGCAGAAAGGAAAAUGAAGAGUGGAUAUGUGCGAUAAACAACAUCUCCAGACAGAUCUACCUGACUGACAACCCAGAGGCAGUCGCAAUCAAGUUGAAUCAGACGGCUCUCCAAGCAGUGACUCCCAUUACAAGUUUUGGGAAAAAACAAGAAAGCUUGUGCCCCAGCCAGAAUCUGAAAAAUUCAGAGAUGGAAAAUGACAAGAUUGUUCCCAAAGCAACAGUCAGUGCUCCUGAAGCAGAAGAACUGAUUGCACCUGGAACACCUAUUCAAUUUGACAUCGUACUUCCUGCCACAGAAUUCCUUGAUCAGAACAGAGGCAGCAGGCGUAUCAACCCUUUUGGUGAAACCGAGGAUGCGUCAUUUCCAGAAGCAGAAGAUUCCCUUUUGCAACAGAUGUUUAUAGUUCGGUUUUUGGGAUCAAUGGCAGUUAAAACAGACAGCACCACUGAAGUGAUUUAUGAAGCAAUGAGACAAGUGCUGGCCGCGCGGGCUAUUCAUAACAUCUUCCGAACGACAGAGUCCCAUCUCAUGGUCACCAGUCAAACUCUGAGGUUAAUAGAUCCUCAGACUCAAGUAUCAAGGGCCAAUGUAAGUACAUCAUACAUAUUAAUGAUUACACCUUAAUUCACCUUUGUAUCCACCUUAAACACAACCUAGGCACUUAAUAUUAGCCAAAUUAAAUGACUAUCACUAAUAGUAUACUUUUUUCCAUGACUGUUCCAUAGAGAAUAUAACCUUGUCUGUCUUCUGAUUACAGCUGUCAUGAGAUAUUCAAUCUGU